AUGAAUGAGCUGUACGUGGAAAUAAAGUUAUGCAGUGAAACAUUAACAACGUUAACGCAAGGUGCGCUAACAUUAGAAAAUGAUUCAGCUAGACUAACUAGUGAAGGGUUAAAAAAUAUAAAUAUAAUUCAAGCAAUAUUUACAGAAUUGAAUCUACUAAAAAAAGUAGUAAAAGAAAAGGGUGCUUUUGUUAACAGUAUACCUCAAACUCAGAAAUUAUUACAGCAAGUAUCGAGCAUCAGAGAAAAGGUAGAAAAUUUACAAGCUGUAUCAAAUGACGAUACUCUUCUAUGGAAAAUAACUGAAGUAUCAAAAAAAAUGGAUGAUGCUCAAAGUGAAAGGCAAACUUCGAUUUUCAGUCAACCGUUCUACAGUUCACCUACUGGUUAUAAAAUGCGGAUGAGACUCUGUCUAUAUGGCGAUGGCAACGCCCGUAGUACUCACAUAUCAUUGUUUUUUCUAUUAAUGCAAGGCGAAUAUGAUUCUCUAGUAAAGUGGCCUUUCAACUUUAAAGUCACAUUUUGCCUCUAUGAUCAGUCAGGACAGAAUUGUCAUGUUGUGAAUUCCUUCCAACCAGAUAUUACGUUGAAUAGUUUUCAACGACCAUCGUCCGACAUGAAUAUCGGCAGUGGACUUCCGCAAUUUUUCCCGCUGCAACUGAUUAUGCAGGCGGCAAGUAAUUACGUCAAAGAUGAUAUCAUAUUUAUCAAAUGUAUUGUUGAUUUUUCUAAUUUGCCGAAUCUGCUUCUAACAUAUACAUUAAGUCUGAAUCCCGGACUUCCUAAAUAUCUGCAAGAGUCAACUGUUCAAAAUGAAAUCCAAAGACGACAACAAGAUGCUGGCGAUACAACUAUUCUUAAUCCUCCUCCGACAGGAACAAACCCAUAUGGAUAA